AGUCGUUGUCAACAACAAGACAAGUCAAAGCAGGCCAUCAUGGCAGAAGUAGCACCAGCCGCACCCGCUUCGUCGAAGACGGCCAAGAAGAAGAAGAGCAGCAAGACCGCGAAGGCUGGACUCAGCGUCUCCGAGCUGAUCACCCAGGCUGUCUCUGAGUCCAAGGAGCGUAAAGGAGUUUCUCUAGCCUACCUCAAGAACUCCCUCAACGCCGCCGGUUACGAUGUAGAGAAGAACAAGGCUCGCAUCAAGAUCGCCGUCAGGAAACUGGUGGCCAAGGAGGUCUUAUUGCAGACCAAGGGCACCGGCGCUUCCGGCUCCUUCAAGAUGAACAAGGCGUCCGAAGCCAAGCCCAAAAAGGCUCCCGCUAAGGCGAAGAGCCCCGCCAAGAAGCCCGCAGCCAAGAAAUCACCAGUGAAGAAAGUCGCAGCCAAGAAGCCAGCCGCUAAGAAGCCCGCAAAGAAGGCAACAACCCCGAAGAAGGCGGCAAAGAAGAGCGCCAAAAGCCCCGCUAAGAGCCCCGCCAGGAGCGCCAAGCCGACGGCUAGGAAAGCCCCAGCGGCCAGGAAGAGUCCUGCUGCCAAGAAGAGCCCCGCUAAGAAGGCCAGCAAGCCUAAAGCCAAGACUGCAGCCAAGAAGAAGUAAAUACAAUUUCCCAUGUAAACGGUUCUUUUAAGAGCCACCUCAUCCACUUUUAAGAGCAGUUUUCCUCAAUGACAAAGUAGUGUUGUGUACAUGAUUGUUACAUUGUCAAGUACUCACUGAUUUUCAUUUCCGUUAGCUUUAACUUAUUUCAUUAUUUAACUCUUGGGGAUCUCCUCAAGUCAGUAUUACAGGCCCUAUGGAUCUGGCUGAACUGUUCUAAAUUGUACAUUUAAGGAUUAAGUAAUACAGCUUUAUAUAUGAUCAACUCUUAAAUUUAGACCAAUUUCAGAUUUAUCUAUUGAUAUUGUUUUGUUUUUAUUUGUAAUUUAAUCCAGUUGAAAACAAAGCUAUAUUUCCCCCCCAAAAUGUUUUUAAGGGGAAAU